CAACAUUUUUUACAGCGUUUAAACCAAACAAACAAUUAUCGAAAAUUACAGCGCCGGGUUACAAAAUCGAAGUGUUACCGUCUGGUAUUCUGGGUAUUUCCCGCCCUUUCAUCCUCUCUUCGGACCGACAUAUCGUAUGCAAUGAUGCAACCAAAAUGACAAUAAAAAUGGUAGAAAAAUUAUUGCUGACCAUUUCUCCAGUCAUUUCAAUCCUCCGUCGUUAAAAACAAUUGAAGCCUGCAGGACUGGGACGGCGACGUUUUUGUCACCUUGUUAUCUGUCGGCUUCUUCGACUCCCGGAUUCUUCAGCUUACCCAUGAUUAUAAAUCCACGAGCAAUCCGUUCUCGGACGGUUUCAAUCAGAGACUGAAGAAAAACGACGACGGUUUUAUAAAUGGCUUUGCGGGAACAAAACGACGGCGUUCGGGGGAGGAAGAAGAAGUCGACGAGAGGCCACCACCGGUUCGUGGGAGUCCGGCAGAGGCCGUCCGGGAGAUGGGUCGCGGAGAUCAAGGACUCUCUACAGAAAGUGAGGCUCUGGCUCGGGACAUUCGACACUGCAGAGGAUGCCGCUCGGGCAUAUGAUGAUGCUGCUCGAGCGCUCCGCGGUGCCAACGCCCGAACCAAUUUUGAGCUGCCACAGAGUGCUGGGGCCGGGGGCGUGGAGGAAAUUGUGGAGCCGUUCUCGUUUGAGGCGGUGUGUGGGAAUGUGGUGGAAGCUGAUGGGUUGCUGGGUGCACUUAGAGCUAAGUUGCAGGAUGGUAAGGGGAUAACUGGCGUACUCCCACAACCACCACAGGGAACUAGUGGGACGAAACCGGAGUCAGUUAGUCUACGUGGUGCGGCGGCGGGAUUCGUGAACCCGCACAAGGAGGACCCAAUUGUGUUAGAAAAUCAGUGGCAGCAUCAGGUUCACCCUUGUCCAAAACCAUCAAACCCAAACAUGGUGUGGACCAAUGAGAGUCAAGCAGCAUAUGAGCAAGUGCCUAAUUGGUCCACGUGGUCGAAUAACAACAUGCCGUAUGUACCAGAACAAUGCGUUAUGGAGCCUCCGUUGCCUAUUGCAAGCAUUGGCGAUGCUAAAGUGAUGGCGGCGGGUACGCAGCAUCUGUCACAGAUUGAUGGUAAUGGUGGUAGUGGUGGUGGUGGUGGUGCUUGGUGUUCAGAUCAGCAGCAGUUUUUGCACUGUGACAGUAGCAAUUGGGGAGGAGCUAAUGGCAGUUGGGAUCCUCUUUUUUAUGCCUCAUCUGUGCUGGGGUGAUGAGAUCAUAUCCAUAUAAUCAAUGCAAUUCUUUGCGUUUUACCAUUUUUAACCUACAAGCUAGUCUUUGCAGGCAAAUCAAUUCUUUCAAGUAUGUGCCCCCAAUAAAAUUAUGUACCCUACUAGGUUAUAGGCAUUUCCGACCGUCAUUCAUAGUUUAUUCAGUGAAAGAACUACUCUUAAUACAUAGCCAUACCAAAAUUUCACUUAUCGUUUGUGUGUAGCAGUAAUAUAUGAUCAUAUUAAAGAAGAUGUAAUCGAUUGAUAUUUGUACAUUCCC